GAAGGUUUCGAAGUGAAUAAGGAGAUAGACAAUGACGACAUCCCUCUCUUUCAUUUCUUCCAAUUUGAUACCUUGUUUAGUCUUUAUUAUCUAUCCUGUGCUCAUUGGUGUGCUCAGAGACGAUCGUGACGACGUAGACAUGGUCCGAGGAGCGCUGGAAACGCUCGUUACUGCUUUAGGCAACGCGACUCAAGAUGAUCACGGGCAGCUUUCUCCUGGUCUUGUGAACUGUGAACUUCUUGCAAGAGAGCAGAACAUCGUUGCGUUGCUUUUGAGUUUGCUGGAGGAGGAGGAUUUCUACGUCCGGUACUAUGUUCUUCAGCUUCUUACGCGAGUUUCACCAGCUAGGUGAGUUGCUGUCGCAAGC